AUGCUUGAUGAUACGAAUCCAAAUGACCUGGCUAAUCUUGUUGAUGUGUUUGUGAACCAAGUAAUAUCUUCCACUUCAUCCCCAUUAUCUGGCACAUCUGAACCGACUAACGGGAAUCCGGGUCAGGAAGUGAAAGUGAAAGUUGUUUUCAAAGACAAAGAUGACGAAUCUCCAGUGGGAAAGAUCAGUGUCACAACCCAAAAUGCAGAAAAGGUCAUUUUUAUCCUUACACAACCAAAUGGUACAUUAGUGACAAAGGAAAAGACGGUGCAGAAUCCCUCGGAAGAAAGUACUGUGGAUGAAGACUUCUUGGGUGAACCUGCUUCCACAGUUGAAAUACAGUCGGUUCCCGUGGACGAAACUUCGACUGUUUCCAUGAAAGAUUUGGGAAUUAAAGCAUGCAUCGAGAAGGGUACGUCCCAUAUAAUAAUUUUCAGCUCCCCGAGACAAAGUCAGGGGGAGGUUUUGCUAUACCUUCGGUGUCGGCGUCGGUGUUCAGACCUGGUAAAAGUUUUUGUUGCAGGUCCUGUAUCUAUACUAUUACUUGUUGUAUCUUCACCAAACUUGUAUUGAUGAUGCAUCUGGACCUAAUUAUGGACUUGAAAGGCUUGGAUGCUAAAUCUGGGUCCUACAUUUCAGAUGCUUGAGGAGGUUAAGGUUUUUGGAGCAGGUUAAAAUUCUUGUUGCAGGUGCCCUUUGAUAGCAAUAUCUAUGUUACUACUGGUCCCUACUUCACCAAACUUGCAUAGAUGGUGUGUCUUCUAAUACUGACGAAUCAAAGAAGUUUAAAUGCCUAAUCUGGGCUAUAGGAUUCGGAUGCUGUAGGAUGCUGGAGGAGGUUAAGAUUUUUAUAUCUGGUUAAAGUUUUUGUUGCAGGUGCCCUCUGAUGAUUAUAUUUUAGUUACUACUGGUACUAACUUCAUCAAACUUGCAAGGAUGGAGCGUCUUAUGAUACUGAUGCACCUGACAGGUUUGAAUACUGAAUCUGAGCUAUAGGUUUCCGAUGCAGGAGUAGGUUAAGGUUUUAAGAGCUGGUUAAAGUUUUUGAAAUAGGUGCCUCUGAUGAAUAUAUCUUUAUUAUUACUUGUCCUAACUUCACUAAACUUAUUCAUCUUAUUUAUUCGUGUUUUGCAUUUAAUUGUGCAAAAAGGAUAAAUCAGUUAUAGUUUGUGUUACUUUGGUGAGCGAUCUGGCGCCUGGCCUUCUUUUAUUUAAAGACGACGGAUCUCAUUCGCCUUGCGAAGAGAUAGAGUGCACCUAUAAGGAGUAAUCGUUACGAACAUUUAAUUUUUAAUAAUACAUCACGAUCUCUAAAACCUAGAGAAAAAUCACUUAUGAUGCAAUGUAUUGCUAAUCUACGUCAUAAAUACACAUCUUAUAUAGUACAAGUGGUGGCGGAAAUUAAUCAGUUAAACAUUAUAAAUGCAAUAUCCAACAUUAUUUAACAUGCACAUAUUUCUUUUAAGGAAGUCACAGUAUUAUACUGAAUUAUUUUUCAUUAGUUUAAAUUAUCUAUAACCAUGUACAAAGAUAAGUUAACAGAGUUUAAUUUAUAUUGCGAUCAGUUUCAAUACCCAAAAGCAUAUUAAAACCGUUCAUGUGCUUAAUCCUUUUAGAAUGUUUAUCAUUAAUGUUUCUUAUCACACUCUGUUAGUUGGUUUAAUUGUUUAAUAAAUCAACCUUGAAACUACUUACAUAACCUUGUUUAAAAAUAGUUGCCUGGUACUUUUAAGGAAAAAUUGAAGGAAAAUAAUGAUACACUAAACCUUCUCAUAUGAUGUCGAGAAAAUGAGUUGACUACCAGUCUUUUUUUUUUUUUACAUUUUAUUUAUUUAAAAUCAUUAUAUAAGUAUAAAAUUUUAAUUUGGAUAGAAAAUCUGUUGCAGGUUUUUUUUUAAAAUUAUUUUUCUCUCAGAAAACGCUUCUAUAUUUUCAUCUUUUAUUGAAAAAUAAAAAUAUUACUGACACUUUUACACAUGUAAAAUUUUCACAAAAAUUUGUAAUGUAGAAAUGAAUUUGGUCCGUCGUCCUUAAAACAAAUGGAUCAUAAAACAUGGAAAAUAUUAUUUUUUAAAAUAAUUUUGAUAGUUUUUUUAUACAUAGAUUUCUUUAUUUUUUUGCUUAAUAAGCAGAUAAUUUGUUUUUGUUAUCUAUCCUGUUUUAAUGUCUUAAAAAUACAUAAAUGGUUUCUGUCUAUAUAUCCUAAUAAUUAUUUUUGAAAAACAUAAUAUUAAUUGCGUGUAACAUAUUAUUUCUAAUUGUAUUUCAUUUCGUUGUAGAAGACGUGCCCAAUCAGCAUCCUUCCACUUAUCCUGUGUUUGUUUGACAUCUCCCUUGCUACCAGUUUUAACCAUUUUAUAAUUUUUCAUUUUUGAUAAGUUUUAUAUUUUAAGUUUUGUUGUCUUUUUCUAAUGUUAUACAUAAAUUCACUUGAACUUUUUCAGCUACCGGAAUAUUUCUUUCAUUCAAAAAGAUAUUUUUUUAAUUAUAUUUUGUCUUAACAUUUCACACAGUGCGUGUUUGUGCCUCUCACGUAACACUGUGUGGAUUGUUUCAUGAUAAAUGUUUUGCUUAUAUUCAUAUUUCAAACUUAAAACAUAUCACUUCUUCAUUGUAGUUUUUCUAUCAAUUUCUUUUAUG